AUGGCAUGCGAGCCAUCAAAGGCACAAGUACAACAGUACCUGGAGAAACAAGUGGACUUUCAAACCGACUGCUUCGAAUUGCUGAGAUACCACAACACCUACCCCGAGAUCGAAUGGAGAGACAAGGAUGGUCCCGGCACCACCGCAACUCGCUGGAGCGAAAAGGCCCAGCUCAAGCUAGUCAACAGACUCUCAUUCAGCGAAACCGGCAAGACCCAAUUCCCACCACCAAAUACCCGACUCUGCGAUGAAUUGGUCUAUCUGGCAACCAAAUCACUGAACUUUGGGGAGCGAGCUCUUUGGUAUCCAUACGACUUCAACAAAAAGGGCGACAUCAACCCAAACCGCGUGUCUUCAGGAGCAGCACCUAUCAUUUGGGCUCAUGGCUUACCCUUCUUCCCAGUAUACAAAGGAUACUACAUCCUAUGCGGUCGUGAGCACGCGAUCUGUAUUGGUUGGCUGAUCAACGAGUACCAUCGAAACGUCACAAAGAACCAUCCUGUCUGGUCCGUUGGCGCGGUGAUUGCACCUGAAUCUGCAGCGCGGGCUCCUCACACAAUCGACCGCCAGAUGCGGCUGCAUCAGCCGCAUGGAACGGAUUUCAAUAUUCGCUACCGGGGAAAGCCUGUCGCUCGUGACGUUGUCUCGGCUGAUCAUCACCAUUGCGCGGUACUCCCUCACCUCAACCGUUUCAUCCAGGUCUGCCCGCUGUGGAUGUUUCCUGGGUACAACGUCCGUUGUGGCCCUGUGAAUGCCCAUGCGGAAACGACGACUGUCAAAAGGGGAUUUUUCGUGAGCAAGGGAUUGGGAGACAAGUACCUGUCCCUAGUUCGGCCCUAUGCCAACAUCUUUUCUGAUCAGCCAGGAGAAUCGGUUGAGUCUACCUCGAAGGAUACUAGUGACUCUGGAAACCUUGAUGACUCCAGUGAUAACGUGAAAUCACAGGAACUUGAGGCCAAGGAACAGGGCAAUGACCAGGCGCUUGCCUCGCCUGCUGAAACACCGAUGGCGGACACAUCGAUGGUAGAAACGAGCUCAAGACGGGAAAUCAGAACCCCAGCGAGUGAAGAGGUCAAAGUAAUUACUCAAACCACCUCUGAGGAUUCGAUGGAACAGAUUGUCAUCCAGCAGCCCGGGACUGAUAUUGCUAACGGAGAGACCACAAACCUACCAUCCGCGGUUGAGCAAAUUUCCGGGGAUAUCAUCAUGGAUCAGCCUGAACCACAGGUAGGAUUCCAGUCAUUUCCUACAGAUGAUGUGCGUAUGACAUGA